AUGGCGAACAUUCAAGCCUUCACCGAGCGCCAGAAUGCUGCGCUCGCGAAUGUGCAAGUCGGCGAUCUAGUCUUCGUACAAAAGGUCGUUCAGCCUCAGUACGACGAUGAGUUCGACCAAGAUGAUGACUAUGACGACCACGACUCCGAGGGCGAGGAGCAAAAUGAAGAGGACGACAACGCUACCGAAGGCGACGCUGACGAUGAGAUCCGGAGCGAAGAUGACCAACCUGAGUUCGAGUCAGAAGAGAGCAGCGAGAGUGAGGACUCCUCCGUAGACACGGGCAACACCAGCAGCACGAGCAUUGUGCAGGCCUUCUUACCAACCAUGUACAUUGUCUCUGCUGUCACGAAGACGUCUGAUGGCACGAUCGAGGACCUGCGUAUGGCGCCAGUCACCUUUGCCGAGAAGGCGGACGGAGCGGACGGCGAGCACGUCUUCCACAUCUACGGAAAGGAGGUUUUGACGCAUCACAGCAAUUCGUGCGCAUGUCAAGGUGCCAAGAGCAUCCGGGAAAUCGCCGUCGACGAUCAUUUCGUGUUCUGGGCUACACCAAACGGUGAUUAUGUCCGUCGAUUCAUCGCCACAAAUCCUUCCAGACGAUGCAUUGCCAACUGCCGCGACGGCUGGCUCAACGAUGUACAGGAGCUGGAUGGCAUGAUCAAGGAUUACGAUGUACCUCUCCUCUCGUGGGAGGGAGCGCUUCCGGGCUAUUUCAUGAAGCCAAUCUGUCCAGUCUGCGUGGGUGCUGAUCUCACAAAGGAGCAGCAAGACACGCAACUUAUGUUGCUCAACAUCGGUCCCGCAAACGCUCAGGAUCUGAUGGGUGCUAUUGUUGAGUUCAUGGGACGUCUCAAUCCACGGCGCACCCACGAGCUCGGCUACCGAUUCGAGCAAUUUGACGAGCGCAAGUGGGGUUUCGGCGCUUUUGACGAUAUGCUUUCAGAGAGCGAUGAAGAGGAUGACCAAGGCCAGUUCGAGCACUGGGAUGAAGCCAUGGAUCCAAGCAACAACGUACCACAGCGUCCCGCGUCCGACACAACCAUUGCUGAAUUGCCACGAAAGACUUUUGGCGAAGUGAAGCUGGAGCAUGAUGACAGCGACUGCAUGUUCUGUGCCACGGAAAUGAAAGACAGUUCACCUGUCAUUGAGCUCCCAUGCGGCCACGCGGCUUUCGACGAAGAGUGCAUCACUAGGUGGCUCAAGCAGUAUGACAGCUGCCCGAAAUGCCGAGCCCAAGUAAAGACUGCGAGCUCCGAGAACGAAGGGACUGCGAAAGUUCCCCCAAUGGCCGCUCUGUCGCCACUGUCUCCAGGAGACUCUGGUGACGACUUCUCCUUGGUCAAUGGAGCAGGCAUGAGUGGAGAAGCCGCCAUGGCGGCAGCAAUCGCGGCGUCGCUUGCAGCAGAGGGACUUCAAAGCCAAGCCGAUAUGGACAGAGAGGACGCCAUCAUGUCUGACGAGUAG